GGCAUGAAGUCGAACGCCAAGAGGUUCGUGUCGAUGACAGAAGCUACUUUCAGAUUUGUAUCGUGAAUUUCUGUUGUUUGCUGUUUCUACUGACGGAAUAGUUUAAUGUGGGAAUGGACCAAAGGCACAGAGAGAUUCUUCGGCGGCACAGGAGAAGUCUAGUCACGACGUUAGAUACGGCAGAUAUCUGCGAUGGGCUUCUGUCAAAGGGGGUAUUCACCCAAGACAUGAUCGAUGAAAUACAGAACAAGGAAACCAGACGUGAUCGAGCCAGGGCACUGUUGAUAGAUUUGGAGACUAGAGGAAGUAGGGCUUUCCGAUCUUUCUUGGAGUGUCUGCGUGAGACUGGCUAUGAUGACCCCGCAGGGCUCCUGGAAAAUGGAGAUGGUGCUCAUCCGCCUUGUGCCAUACCUGCACAGCCAUCAUUGAUUCCUCUGGCUGUCCAGAGGCCGAAAUACACUGAAGAUCCAGACAGACCUGUUUUUAUGCCUCCAACGGUAGUACCACUGAGACCAGGAACCCUGCCUGUGCCCAAGCCUGUUAGUCCUCCUUAUGAAGAGGAGAACCUGAAACCCACCAGAAUUAGACGUGAUAGUAUACAGAUUUACAAGAUGGACGCCAAUCCAUGUGGCAUCUGUUUGAUUAUCAACAAUGUUGAGUUCGAACCGGCCUCUUGUCUGAAAAACCGGAACGGGUCCAACAUUGAUUGUGACAAGAUGGAGAGAAGAUUUAAAGCUCUCAACUUUAAGGUUGUUGUGAAAAGGAACUUGAAAUGCAAAUAUAUCAGACAUGAGAUGUCAACAUUAGCGAAGGAGGAUCAUUCCCUAUACGACUGCUGUGUCGUGAUCAUUCUUUCUCACGGCACUGAAGCAAACCACAAUCGUUUUCCUGGAGCAAUACAUGGUGUGGAUGCAGGAGUCGUCCCAGUUCAGAUAAUCACAAACUACCUCAAUGGCCAGAACUGUCCCUCUCUACAGGGCAAGCCCAAACUUUUCUUCAUCCAGGCCUGUGGAGGAGAUGAAAAGGACACUGGUUUUGAAGUGUCUCCAGAUGAGGUGCAGCCCUCAAUGGGUGGGGCAGAUGACCAGAUGGAUGCUAUGCCCAUGUCCUCCAGCAGUGAUUCUCUCAGCACAUCUGAUGAACCCGAUGCUCGGGCCACUUUGCCCACCCCCAGUGACAUGCUGGUGUCCUACUCAACCACUCCAGGCUACGUCUCAUGGAGGGACACAGAGGCCGGGUCCUGGUAUGUAGAGAAUCUUGAUCGUGUGCUUGAGCAGAACGCAGACACUGAUGAUCUGGUGACCAUCCUAAUGAUGGUAAAUGAUGCCGUCUCCCAAAUAUCUGCCAAAGGCUUGUAUAAACAAAUGCCUGGAUCUUUCAACUUCCUCAGAAAGCAUCUCUACUUUCAGAAGCCAUGAUCACUUGAAGAUCUGAACUGUGUCUUUAUGAUGUCACCAAAACACUGCCAUAAUUUUUCUACAAAAAUGUGCGAAAACUAAAUCAUGUCAAUAUUAAAUUUUGCCGGGGUGUUUGUCUUUGCAAUCAGAAGUUCUUACAUGUAUACCGGACAGUGCAAAUAGACAGAUCAUAACUUGGUAAUCUUAUUGCUAAUAUUAUAAAUGGUUGUGUAGUGUAAAGAAACAUUCUGCAGUGUACACUAGUAGGUGUAUGUUUCCAACACUCUGCAAGAAAGUACAAUUGAUUUUUAAACCACGUGUGGUUAAUCUGUGCCAUUGGAAACAGUAGUUAACAAGAAAAUUCCACAUUGCAUUUUGUAGGCCUACUGUUUUUAUAACUGUUUUAUUUCAUUAAAACUAGUCACUAUGUGAUA